CCCGAGACGCGACGCGUGUCCGACCAGUCUUUGAGUUAUCCCCUCCGCUUGGCGCUCAGCUGCACAGACAGGGGAGACAGCCAUGGCGAUCGUGGCCGCCCUCGUCGCGCCCACCGCGAACCCCCACAACCCACUCCGGCUCAUCGCCGCGGCGCCGCACCGGCAAUGGCGGCGCGUCGCCGCCGCCGCCUCCUCCUCGGCGGCGCCCGGGGUUGACCUCAAGGCGCUCCAGGCCGCCAUCGACAAGAAGGACAGCGAGGAAGUGAAGCAGGCGAUGGACCAGCUGAAGGAGCUCGGGUGGGCCAAGCGGUGGAGCUCGCAGCCGUACGUGUCGCGCCGCACGACAUCUCUGCGAGAGCUCACCACGCUUGGGAUAAAGAACGCUGAGAACCUGGCGAUUCCGAGUGUCAGAAAUGAUGCAGCAUUUUUGUUCACUGUUGUUGGUUCAACCGGAUUCUUAGGCGUUCUUGCAGGCCAGCUUCCUGGGGAUUGGGGCUUUUUCGUUCCUUACUUGAUUGGAAGCAUCUCAUUGAUAGUAUUGGCUAUCGGAAGUAUUUCUCCCGGUCUUCUGCAAGCAGCAAUUGGUGCAUUUUCAACUGUUUUUCCUGACUAUCAGGAGAGAAUUGCUAGGCAUGAAGCUGCUCAUUUUUUGGUUGCCUAUUUGAUUGGACUACCAAUUCUGGGAUAUUCCUUGGACAUUGGAAAGGAGCAUGUUAACUUGAUAGAUGAUCAAUUGCAAAAGCUAAUAUACAGUGGCCAGCUUGAUCAAAAGGAAAUAGACAGGUUAGCUGUAGUGUCAAUGGCAGGGCUCGCUGCUGAAGGUCUAGAAUAUGACAAAGUUGUCGGUCAAUCGGCAGAUCUUUUCACCCUUCAGAGAUUCAUAAACCGGACUAAGCCGCCAUUAACCAAGGAUCAGCAACAAAACCUUACAAGAUGGGCAGUCCUAUUUUCGGCAUCACUUCUGAAGAACAAUAAAGCAGCUCAUGAAGCUCUCAUGUCUGCCAUGUCGCAGAAGGCCAGUGUCUUGGGCUGCAUCGAAGCCAUAGAGAAUGCCUCUUGAUUGUAAUGGAACGUUGAAUGUCCUAACACGGUUGAAAUUGAUGAAAAUGAGAAAAAUAUAAAAGUCAAGAUAUGAAGAAAAAGGAUAUGUGUUUUCUAGUGUAUGACACUUGAAUCCUGAAAUUCAACCCACGUUGCUCGGCAAUGAUAUUGAAGCAGUAUACUCUCAUCA